GUUAUCUUUCCUUGUUGUGCAAUCUCUGCCAGACAGCAUGUUACAGCCAAUUUUACAUCAACUGAAUUCUAAGAACAUUGUUUUAGCCAGCAGUUCUCCUAGGAGAAAACAAAUCUUAGGAAACAUUAAUUUAAAGUUUGAUACAGCUAAAUCAAACUUUGAAGAGAAUUUGGACAAAGGAUCUUUUUCAAGUCCUAUAGAGUAUGUCAGAGAAACUGCUAAACAGAAGACCUUAGAAGUGGUGGAAAGGUUGUUUCCUAGUGAGUCCUUACCAGACCUACUUAUAGGAGCUGACACAAUAGUCACCAAAGAAGAUAACAUCUUUGAGAAACCAAGCAGCAAAGACCAUGCUAUUGAAAUGAUCACAAGUUUGAGUGGAAGCAGUCACAAGGUUCUAACAGCUGUGGUGUUGGUUACUCCCAAAUCUUCUGAUGUGUUCAGGGGUAGAGUUUCAUUAGAUGACAGACUUGAUAUCACACAGUUUGAGGAGGUGUCAGAAGUGUUUAUGCCUGAUUUACCAGCAGACAUCAUCAAGUCAUAUGUGGAAACAGGAGAAGCAAUGGACAAAGCAGGAGGAUAUGGAAUUCAGGCCAUUGGUGGAAGCUUGAUUAGUGGUAUCCAUGGAGAUUAUUUCAAUGUCAUGGGAUUUCCUCUUCACAGAUUUUGUGUAGAACUCAGGAAUAUAUGCAAAUUAUGACAGUAAUUUUCACCAACUCCUGCUGCAUUUCAUUAAAUGUUUCAUAUUGUAAAUAAAUCAUUUUACUCUAG